CAUCUUGAUUUUAAUACUGGAAAAUGCUUGCUAUGGUGUUCUAAUGCAAUUUCUUGCUUUGGAUUCUCCGGAUUCCUUAUUGGUUUCUCUCUUAUUUUAUUGAAAAGGUUUUUUAAGGAGUUAUAUUUUAAAUUUAAUAUCGGAUCUUGUAUUCUUGUUUGACCGCACAUGUAAAGCAAGAAUCCGCCAACGGUAGGUUUGUAAAGAAAAGUACGCUAGUUUUGAUUUAUUAAUUUAACACCGGCACUUAUGCUAGUCAAUAUAGGAAUUUGCACCUAACAAACAUCCAAACAUAAAUUCCUACCAUUGGAAUCAAAAUGGGCGGUUGCGGCUCAGUGCGGGGAGUCGUGACGAGGUGAAAUUAGUUUGCUUUAAUCCCUCAAAUAGCUGUGAUGUGUUUGGCCAAUAGCAAUUGAUUUGGUGGAAGAUUUCUGUCAGUGUCACAAAGGAAUUGUGUCUGUUCUGGUUAAGAGCGGACUUAUUGGAAUACAAGCGUUUUUCUGAAGCCACCAUUAUCUUUCUUUCUUUCUUUCUUACUUUUUUUAAUUGUUUGAGACCCCACCUCUAGUUGCUUCCUUUAACUGGCCGCACGGAGUGAAAUUUGGGUCCGAUUCAUUUUGGCCGAUAAUUAUUGACUACUGUAGAGUUCCGGUGAGCUGGGUUUUAUCUGUCGAUGAAGUGGUUCACUGUAUUUCAGCUUUUAAGUUAUUUUGGAUUGUUGAUGGAGUUGUAAACUAAUGCUUAUUAUGGUCAUCCCUUGUCUUGGAAAGUCUAACUUUGUUGCUCCAAAAGCUGGUGCAUGGUCUACAAUUAGUGGUUUUCAACCAAUGGGUGGCCCAGAGGGUCCGGUAUUGCCGUAUUGGAGUCUCUAUUUCAUCGAAUAUUUAACAAUAAUAAUAAUAAUACUAAUAAAAAGCAGAAUCGAUUCAUCAUCACGUGUCUACAUGUGCAUGAAGGCACUAAAAACAGAAUUACUGCCCCACAGGAGUACAACUGUACAAAUUCACAUCACUCUGGUACAAAUUAGGCUUCACAUCUCGUGGACAACCCACGAUCUGGCAAUUUUUUGCCAAUUUGCCUUGUGAGUGCAAAUUAGUGUCGGCUUGCUGUGUGUAUGUGAAAGAUAAUUUUCAUCUUAUUUUUUAUUUUUGUGGACCUCGUCUACUUGGAUUUUACGGAGCUUAUCUGGCAUGCUGUGACGUUGAUGUUAAACUGUGACGUGUAGGCAAGUUUAGCUCUUGUGCUAUCGUAAAAAGAAAUUGAUGGCAGAUAGAGCAAUACUCGUAGACGGGAUAGAAGGGGUUUUAAGUUAACUCCAUUGGGAAUCAACAGACUACACAAAUUCUGCUUAUACUACCACUUAAAAUUUUAUUGUCGGUUCCGGAACCCUUUAAUAUAUUUUCUUACUCUAAGUGAUUUCUGUCUUUAAAAGUCAGCAUACUAUACAUGCUGCGCAUAUACCGAAUCUUGGUCAAUUGUGCAAUUAGAUUAUGCACGAAACAAGUGACCGACCACAAGAAUUGAAGUUGUGGAGCCAUGGGAGCCGGUGGCAGAAUGUCUGUUCCUCCUUCACCCAAGAAGUUGGAAUCUGAAAUCUUGAAAAGGGUUCCUUACUCAAAACCACCAUUCACGCUUGGUCAGAUCAAGAAAGCUAUCCCACCUCAUUGUUUUGAGCGUUCUGUCCUCCGUUCAUUUUCUUAUGUUAUUGUAGACCUAACCGUUGCCUUUAUUUUAUAUUACAUCGCCACCAACUACUUCCAACUCCUCCCUCAUCCUCUCUCCUAUGUGGCCUGGCCAAUUUACUGGUGCAUCCAGGGAUGUGUCCUCACUGGUGUUUGGGUUAUAGCACACGAGUGUGGGCACCAUGCCUUCAGUGACUAUCAAUGGCUUGAUGAUACAGUUGGCCUUAUUCUCCACUCCUGCCUGCUGGUUCCUUACUUUUCAUGGAAACAUAGCCACCGCCGUCAUCACUCCAACACAGCCUCCCUUGAGGAAGAUGAAGUAUUUGUCCCCAAGAAAAAAUCUAACACCCGUUGGUUCGCCAGAUACCUUAACAACCCACUAGGCCGUCUCCUUACACUUAUUAUUACUCUUACCCUUGGCUGGCCUCUGUACCUAUUAUUCAAUGUCUCAGGCAGGCAUUAUGAUCGCUUUGCCUGCCACUAUGACCCAUAUGGACCUAUCUACACUGACCGUGAGAGGGCUGAGAUAUUCAUAUCUGAUGCUGGUGUUAUUGCAGUCGCCUAUGGUCUCUUCCGUAUUGCUGCAGCGAAGGGGCUUGCUUGGGUAGUCUGUGUUUAUGGAGUUCCUUUGUUGGUGGUGAAUGCAUUUCUUGUUACGAUCACAUAUCUCCAGCAUACUCAUCCUGCAUUGCCACAUUAUGAUUCUUCCGAAUGGGAUUGGCUAAGAGGAGCUCUAGCAACCGUCGAUAGAGAUUAUGGUAUCUUGAACAAGGUGUUUCAUAAUAUAACAGAUACUCAUGUAGCGCACCAUCUCUUCUCAAAAAUGCCACAUUAUUAUGCAAUGGAGGCAACAAAGGCCAUUAAACCAAUUUUGGGCGAAUACUACCAAUUUGAUGGGACUCCUUUCUAUAAGGCAAUGUGGAGGGAGGCGAAGGAGUGCGUUUAUGUUGAGCCAGAUGAUCGGAGCAAAGGCGUUUACUGGUACAAAAACAAGUUUUGAUUAUGAGGAAGUUAGCAAAAUGGUGGUCUUGAAAGUUAUGGCUUUCUGUUAGGAGUUUGUGUUCCCUUUAUUGGUAAUUUAGGCUGUUAAGUUUUCUUGGAUUGAACUUUGAACGUAGUUGUGCCUUUGCUUUGGAAUAAUUUUGUCUUAAAUUAUGGUAGAAAAAUUAAAAAUUGCCGUUCUGUUC